AUGAGACCCAGUCGAUACGGAACGGCAUACUCGGAUCAGCAAGUCGACAAACCGGCGGCCAAUUCCGAAUAUUCGUACGACGUCGAAUUGUCGUACAACGAGAACGAUGUUGAUUCGUACUACCCGGAGGAGUCGCCAGUUGACUGUAAUAAGAAGCCGACAAGGUGGAAGGAUUUCUCGAAGAAGACCAAGGCUAGUAUUAUUUUGGGAUCGAUCGGCCUGGCUCUGGGCAAGUUAAACCUACUUUCGUCUUUGACAUCUCUCCUGAUUGCGGAAGACACGACCACGACAUCGACUACAUCCUCGACGUCGACAUCGACAUCGACCAGCACUUCUACGACAUCGACGACAUCGACAACCUCGACGACAUCAACGACAUCGACGACAUCGACGACAACGACUCCGAGUACGACGACAACGUCGACAACGACUCCGAGUACGACGACAAUGUCGACAACCACAACGACAAUAAAGCCAGUGGCGUGCACUACUGACACAUCGACAUCGCUAACUGGAACGUUCAAAACAAUCCGGAAUCCUGGCACUCAGGUGGAACAGUGUCUGGCCAUUACCGUACCUACCGGUAGCAAAAUCCAAAUUACUUGCACGUCCGUCUAUUCCACAGCCGGAACUUACGCUAUGUUUUACAGUUUAAGUGGAACUGCGUUAAUCGUGGACGGGCCGGCCGCAGCCGUAACGUACACUUCCAUUGACAAUACGCUGACUAUCAUAUCCCUGGCUAGUAGUGCUAAUGCUGAUCAACUUUGCUGCAAUUGGGUUACAAUUUAG